AUGACCGUACAAACACCCCUGCACAGCCGGUACAAUGACCGGUACAAACACCUCUGCACAACUUACAUUUUCUUCUUCGUGUUUUCGUUUAUCUUUUACUUCUCUCGCUUUUUUCUAUUAUCUCCUUACACUACUCUCUUACAUUCACUCUUUCUUUUUUUCUCUCUCUUUCUUUCUUUAUCGUUUAGAUUUCCUUUCCUUUGUUCUUACUUUAUCUCACACAUUUUCUCCUUUUGCUCAUUUGUUCUUUUCUUCUGCCUUUCCCCCUUUUUUCUCAUUCCCCCACUCUCUUUCAUUCACUCUUUCUUUCUUUUUCUUUUCUUUUCUUUUCUUUCUUUCUUUCUUUCUUUCUUUUCUGCUUGUUUGCUUUACCUCCCAGAUUUCCUCCUCCGUGUGUUCGAUUAUCUUUGUUCACGCUUUCCUUCUAUUAUCUAUCUACCCUACUCUCUUAAAUUCACUCUUUCUUUCUUUCUUUCUUUCUUUCUUGUUACCUUCCUCUCGUUCUUUACCACAGAUAUUUUCUCUACCGCCACUUUUCUCUUUCUUUUUACCCCAGAUGCCCUGUUAGCAAAUAUAACAAUGAAACCUGAAGCCUUUUUUUCUCCAGUCAGACAAAGCUAUGCUCGACUAGUUACGACUUUCCUUGCCCUCCCUUUCUUCCUCUUUUCUUAUCUUAUUUUCAGCCAAUCAUAUUAUCUCGGUUGUUCAAGACUAUACACAUCCAUCCAUCUAUCUAUCUAUCUAUCUAUCUAUCUAUCUAUCUAUCUAUCUAUCUAUCUCAUUCUCUGUUAUUAUCUAUCUAUAUUCUGUUAUCUAUCUAUCUAUCUAUCUAUCUAUCUAUCUAUCUAUGUCUGUUCUUUUAUAUAUAAGUCUGUUCUUAUCUAUUUAUCUAUCUACCUAUCUAAGUCUGUUCUUAUCUAUCUAUAUGUCUCUCUAAUCUGUUCUUAUCUAUCUAUCUAUCUAUCUAUCUAUCUAUCUAUCUAUCCCAUUUUGUUAAUAUCUAUCUAUCUAUCUAUCACGAUCUUUUCAUAUUUAUUCAUAACUCAAUAUUGGUUAUUUUUAUUUUUAUGCUCUCUCUCUCUCUCUCUCUCUCUCUCUCUCUCUCUCUUUCCUCUCUCUCUCUCUUCCUUCUCCCCUCUCUCUUUCCCCUCUCUCCCCCCUCUUCUCUCUCUCUUCCUUCUCCCCCCUCUACAAGAAAAUGCGGGAAAAGGAUUUGUAUGCUUUCUCUCUUCCUUCUGCCCUCUCUCUUUCCUCUUUCUCUCCGUUCUCCGUUCUCUCUCUCUCUUCCUUCUCCCCUCUCUCUUUUCUCUCUCUCUCUCCGUUCUCCCUAAUCUCUCUUUUCCUUCUCGCUUCUCUCAUUUCUUUCUCUCUCUUUCUCCCUCUCUCUCUCCGUUCUCUCCUCUCUUCUCUUUCUUUUUCUCUCUCUCUCUCUCUCAACAAGAAAAUGCGGGAAAAGAUAUUUUUCGCCUGGCCUUAAAUCAUGUACCUUAA